AGCUCCCGGUUGUGGCCAAAAGGGGCAGUUAGCAUGGCAGAAACACUGGAGUUCAACGACAUCUACCAGGAGGUGAAAGGCUCCAUGAAUGAUGGGCGGCUGAGGUUGAGCCGCCAGGGCAUCAUCUUCAAGAACAGUAAGACGGGCAAAGUGGACAACAUCCAGGCGGGGGAGUUGACGGAAGGCAUCUGGCGCCGUGUGGCUCUGGGCCAUGGACUUAAACUGCUCACAAAGAACGGCCACGUCUACAAGUAUGACGGCUUCCGAGAAUCGGAGUUUGAGAAACUCGCCGAUUUCUUCAAAACUCACUAUCGCCUUGAGCUAAUGGAGAAGGACCUGUGUGUGAAGGGCUGGAACUGGGGCACGGUGAAGUUUGGUGGGCAGCUGCUUUCCUUUGACAUUGGCGACCAGCCGGUCUUCGAGAUACCCCUCAGCAACGUGUCCCAGUGCACCACAGGCAAGAACGAGGUGACGCUGGAGUUCCACCAGAACGACGACGCAGAGGUCUCGCUCAUGGAGGUGCGCUUCUACGUGCCUCCCACCCAAGAGGAUGGCGUGGACCCUGUUGAGGCCUUUGCCCAGAACGUGCUGUCUAAGGCGGAUGUGAUCCAGGCCACGGGAGACGCCAUCUGUAUCUUCCGGGAGCUGCAGUGUCUGACUCCCCGAGGACGGUACGACAUUAGGAUCUACCCCACCUUUCUGCAUCUGCACGGCAAGACCUUCGACUACAAGAUCCCCUACACCACGGUGCUGCGCCUCUUUUUGCUGCCCCACAAGGACCAGCGCCAGAUGUUCUUUGUGAUCAGCCUGGAUCCCCCCAUCAAGCAAGGCCAGACCCGCUACCACUUCCUGAUCCUCCUCUUCUCCAAGGAUGAGGACAUCUCCUUGACUCUCAACAUGAAUGAAGAAGAGGUCGAGAAGCGCUUUGAGGGGCGGCUCACCAAGAACAUGUCGGGAUCCCUCUAUGAGAUGGUCAGCCGGGUCAUGAAGGCACUGGUGAACCGCAAGAUCACAGUUCCGGGCAACUUCCAAGGGCACUCCGGGGCCCAGUGCAUCACCUGCUCCUACAAGGCAAGCUCAGGACUGCUGUAUCCGCUGGAGCGGGGCUUCAUCUACGUCCACAAGCCUCCCGUGCACAUCCGCUUUGAUGAGAUCUCCUUCGUCAACUUUGCCCGUGGCACCACCACCACACGGUCCUUUGACUUUGAAAUUGAGACCAAGCAGGGCACUCAGUAUACCUUCAGUAGCAUUGAGAGGGAGGAGUAUGGGAAGCUGUUUGAUUUUGUCAAUGCAAAAAAACUCAACAUCAAAAACCGAGGAUUGAAAGAGGGCAUGAACCCAAGCUACGACGACUAUGCUGACUCUGAUGAAGAUCAGCACGAUGCCUACUUGGAGCGGAUGAAGGAGGAGGGCAAGAUCCGGGAAGAGAACGCCAACGACAGCAGUGAUGACUCGGGAGAAGAAACCGAUGAGUCUUUCAACCCAGGUGAAGAGGAGGAGGACGUGGCAGAGGAGUUUGACAGCAACGCCUCUGCCAGCUCCUCCAGUAACGAAGGUGACAGUGACCGGGAUGAGAAGAAGAGGAAACAGCUUAAAAAGGCCAAGAUGGCCAAGGAUCGCAAGAGCCGCAAGAAGCCUAUGGAGGUGAAGAAGGGCAAAGACCCCAAUGCCCCCAAGAGGCCCAUGUCUGCCUACAUGCUGUGGCUCAAUGCCAGCCGAGAGAAGAUCAAGUCAGACCAUCCUGGCAUCAGUAUCACUGAUCUUUCCAAGAAGGCAGGAGAGAUCUGGAAGGCAAUGUCCAAAGAGAAGAAAGAGGAGUGGGAUCGCAAAGCUGAGGAUGCCAGGAGGGAAUAUGAAAAAGCCAUGAAAGAAUAUGAAGGGGGCAGGGGUGAGUCUUCUAAGAGGGACAAGUCAAAGAAGAAGAAGAAAGUAAAGGUAAAGAUGGAAAAGAAGUCAACACCCUCUAAGGGCUCAUCAUCCAAGUCAUCAUCAAGGCAGCUCAGUGAGAGCUUCAAGAGCAAAGAGUUUGUGUCCAGUGACGAGAGCUCUUCAGGAGAGAACAAGAGCAAAAAGAAGAGAAGGCGGAGUGAGGACUCUGAAGAAGAGGAACUAGCCAGCACACCCGCCAGCUCAGAAGACUCUGCGUCGGGAUCCGAUGAGUAGAGAGGAGGAAAAUUCUCUCUCCAUGGGCUUGUCCUGUCACCCCCCGGCCUCCCACCCAUGUUUGUGUACCAGUUUCUCAUACGAAAUGUAGCCUUUGGAUUCUGCCAUGGGAACAAGCUCUCCUGGGGGGUGCCCUUCACUGGGACAGCGGGGUGUCUUACUCCCCUGCUGCCUCACAAGGAUGGCUCUUCAUAGUUUGGGGAGAGACUGGGUGGGAGGCAGGGCAGUGCUGGGUUCAAACCCUUGUCCUCCUUUCCCGACCUGAGGGAUAUAGCUGCUUGUCCUGUUCAAGUUGCUGCCACAGGGGUCAUGUGAGCUCAGGCCUGUAGCUCCUAACUGGGGCCUAUUUCUACUUUUAUUUUGUAUUUCUGGUCUGUGGAAAAAAAGAUCAUUUAAUAAAGGGAACUGACUUUGGAAACCA